AUGUUGCUUAGCUGUUUUCUUUCCUUCUUUCUUUCUUUCUUUCUUACUUUCUUUAUUUUUAUUUCGUGUUUCUUUUUCCUUUCUCACUUACUUUAUUUCCUUUCUUCAUUCUUUCUUUCUUUCUUUUCCUUUCUUGCUGUUUUCUUUCCUUCUUUCUUUCUUUCUUUCUUUAUUUUUAUUUUGUGUUUCUUUUUCCUUUCUCACUUUAUUUCCUUUCUUUUUUCUUUCUUUCUUUCUUUCUUUUCCUUUCUUGCUGCUUUCUUUCUUUCUUUUUUCUUUCUUUCUUUUUUCCUUUCUUUAUUUUUAUUUCGUGUUUCUUUUUCCUUUCUCACUUUAUUUCCUUUCUUUUUUCUUUCUUUCUUUCUUUCUUUCUUUUCCUUUCUUGCUGCUUACUUUCUUUCUUUUUUCCUUUAUUUAUUUUUAUUUCCUGUUUCUUUUUCCUUUCUCACUUACUUUAUUUCCUUCCUUCAUUUCUUUCUUUUUUUUCUUUCUUUCUUUUCCUUUCUUGAUGCUUUCUUUCUGUCCUUAUUUAUUUAUUUAAUUAUUUUACGUGUUUCAUUUUCCUUUCUCACUUACUUACUUACUUUCUUUCUUUCUUUCUUUCUUUCUUUCUUUUCAGUUCAUUUCAUAUCCUUUCCUUUGUUUUCUUUUUCCAGAGCUUUCCAGUUUCGUUUUUGCUUACUUUCACUUUCUUUCUUUCUUUCUUUCUUUCUUUCUUUCUUUCUUUCUUUCUUUCUUUCUUUCUUUCCAGAUCCAUCUUUCACUUUCUUUUUCUUUAGAAUGCGAUUUCUUUCUUUCGGUUAUUCACUCUACACGCACUCUUCUUACCUCUUACUCCAGAUUCCUAUUUCUCCGUACUCUCUCUCUCUCUCUCUCUCUCUCUCUCUAUGUCUCUGUCUGUCUAUCUCUCACAAUUUCUCUUCAAACAGACACUUUUUUUCUCUUGAGGCAAGACAAUCAAUACGAAUGGCGCCCAAGACUGCAUCCAAAAAUGUCCACAGCCACAAUUUUACUUUCUUCUUUUCCAACACAAUUGUUUUUGCUUCAUGUUUCUUUUACCAUCCAUUUUUUCCUUAUAUCUUUUUAACACCUUUCUUUCUUUCUUUCUUUCUUUCUUCUUCCUCCUUUUUCUUUCUUUCUUUGUUUCUUUCUUUUUCCUUCUUUUCUUUCUUUGUUUCUUUGUUUCUUCUUUUUCUUUCCUUCCUUCUUUACUUCUGUCCGUUUCCUUUCUUUCUUUCUUUCUUUCUUUCAUUUCCUUCCUUCAUUCCUUCUUUCUUUCUUCCUCCUUUUUCCUUCCUCUCUUUCUUUCUUUCUUUCUUUCUUUCUUUCUUUGUCUUUGUCCUUUCUUCCUUCUUUCCUUUUUCUUUCUUUUUUCUUUCUUCCUUUUCCUUUCUUUCAUUCUUUCUUUCUUUCUUUCUUUCUUUCUUUCUUUCUCUAUCAAUUAUUUUCUUUCCUUCUUUUCAUAUAUUUAUUUCUCCGUCCAUCGACGUAUUUCUUUUUGCAGUCUCGUUGCUCUUUCUUUCUUUCUUUCUUUCUUUCUUUCUUUCUUUCUUUCUUUCUUUUUCUUUCUUUCUUUCUUCUUAA